AUGCUCAGCUGGGCACUGAAUACAUUGAGCCAAGUAUGGCCUCCAGCACCUAAAUUCACCGAAAAAGAUGUACCAGAUCAAUCCGGCAAGGUCUUCAUUGUCACUGGCGCGUCAGCCGGUGUAGGCAAGGAAUUGGCUCGUAUCCUCUUUUCGCUCAAUGCAAAGGUGUAUCUCGCUUCGAGAACUGAGAGCAAAGUGAACGAUGCUAUCGCGUCUAUUCGUUCUGCUGUUCCAAAGUCCACAGGCGACUUGGUCUUUUUGCCUGUUAACCUCGAAGACCUAGACAGCGUCAAAGAAGCAGCAGCGUCAUUCCUACAGAAGGAAACACGUCUUGAUGCUUUGUGGAAUAACGCGGGCGUCAUGAGGCCACCCGAAGGUUCUACGUCGAAACAAGGCUACGAACUCCAGCUAGGCGUCAACUGCAUCGCCUCUUUCCUCUUUACCCAACUUCUAACGCCAGCUUUGAUCGAGGCUGCUAAGCACGAGCCGCCAGGUUCUGUGCGAGUCUUGUGGGUUUCUUCUUCAGCCGCUGAACUGUUCUCUCCGCAAGGAGGCGUGGACAUGGAUAACCUGGACUACAAGAGGAAUGUGUUUACCGGGGAGAAGUAUGGAAUGAGCAAGGGAGGUAUGGUGUUGCUUUCACAAGAGUAUGCACGACGCCAUCAAAAGGACGGCAUCAUCAGCGUCUCUAUGAACCCUGGCAAUCUCAAGACAGAGCUGCGCCGUCAUCUGCAUUGGGUUGUCGCCACCUUCUUUGGCUGGAUGAGCUGGGAUCCGGUGUACGGCGCCUACACGGAGCUGUUUGCUGGAUUCUCACCAGACAUUACGCCCGAGAAUUCUGGCUGCUGGGUCAUCCCUUGGGGACGAAUCUCCCCCGUCCGUGAAGACAUCCGUGCCUCGGCAGAAAACGGUCUGGGAGAGAAGUUUUGGGAUUGGUGUGAGAGAGAAACCUGGGAGUACCGCCUCUAA